AUGCAAAAAUGCCUGGGGAACGCUUCGCGUAUUCUGCGAAAUCCGGAGCCCGGUGAUAUUUGCAUCGUGGAGUGCGAAGGGCAAUUGUUUCGCGGUGAAGUGAUUGACAAGGUGGACAGGGAGAACGCAUUCGUUGUGCGUUAUGUUGAUUAUGGGGACGAGCAGUGCUUUAAUGCUAAGUUACUUUAUUCAGUUGAUGGCGAAGUUCAGAGUGUGUUGGAAACGCCAAUGUUUGGUAUGAGGUGUCGGCUGGAAGGCAUUUGUCCGGCUGGCAGUGGCUUGAAUGUGCAUACCAAUGCCUGGUCGCGCAAAGCACUCAAAUUGAUCAACUCUGUCAUUCCUCUGAACAAAAACUUCGCCGCAUUCGUUGGUCCUCCGGAUGCCGAUGGCGUUCAUCCAAUCCGAGUUGUUGUUGACGAGCAAAUUUUUCAAACCAGUGAUUUGGCUACACUGUUGGUGCAGAAGAAGUUAGCUGCUUAUGAAUUUGACGAUUGCAUGACUACUGCAGGCAACCUUUUGUUCAGUGGCAGAUCACUGCGUUGUCUCGAAGCGAAAUUUCUCAACAGUGUGUUGGAAACGCCAAUGUUUGGUAUGAGGUGUCGGCUGGAAGGCAUUUGUCCGGCUGGCAGUGGCUUGAAUGUGCAUACCAAUGCCUGGUCGCGCAAAGCACUCAAAUUGAUCAACUCUGUCAUCCCUCUGAACAAAAACUUCUCCGCAUUCGUUGGUCCUCCGGAUGCCGAUGGCGUUCAUCCAAUCCGAGUUGUUGUUGACGAGCAAAUUUUUCAAACCAGUGAUUUGGCCACACUGUUGGUGCAGAAGAAGUUAGCUGCUUAUGAAUUUGACGAUUGCAUGACUACUGCAGGGAAUCUUUUAUUCAGUGGCAGAUCACUGCGUUGUCUCGAAGCGAAAUUUCUCAACGUCGAAGGGGACAUCAUCUACGGGCUUCCAUACAGUUUUGAAGCGUCGCUUCGCCAGUGCAAAAGUUAUCUCGAACAGGCAAACAUCACCCUGGCUGAAUAUCAUGGCGAGUCUAAGGCUCUUAUUUAUCGUAAUGGGAGAUGUCAUCGUGCAAUCAAACUGCCUCCCGAACACAACGGGGAGCUUCAAGCGGAUAAAUUUUUCCUUGUCGAUGAAGGAAGAACUAUAAAAUUGGUUGAGAAACAUGGGACAUCUUUCGUUGUCAGCCUUUCUGCUGUAAAAGAUCCUCAAGCGGCUUUCUUUUUGCGUAUGUGUCCAGCACUUGCUGUCGGCUUUUUCCUCAACAACCGAAAAUUGGCACCCAAAGCAAUAACAUACUUGAAAAGUGUUUAUACGGAAAUGGAAAAUAUCUUUUUCGUUGCCUGUGUUAGAGAUGUCAUCAGAAAUGGCGUAUGUAUAAUCGAUGAACUGAAAUUCGCCGAUGAUGUUUCACCGCGAAAUUUGCAGUCUGCAUCGAGAACGGUAGCCAGCGGUAAUGCUUCGUCGCAGGUAGUGGCAGUAAUCUGCCCAGUUGCUGCUAACCGUCUGACAUUCGAUCUGCAUUUGUGGUUUUUGCAGGAGAAGGUCGGCAAGCAGGGUAAUUGCAAAAACAGUGAAGUGGAACAUUCUGGAGCUUCCUCCUGCGGCAUAGCGGAUUUCAAAAAAGAAUAA